AUGGAGCUGGGGCGUGAUUCUGAUACUGGUGGUCAGGUUAAGUAUGUUGUGGAGCUUGCACGGGCCUUCGGAUCAAUGCCGGGAGUUUAUAGGCAAGUAUCCUCGCCAGAUGUAGAUUGGAGUUAUGGGGAACCAACGGAAAUGUUGGCUCCUAGAAACACGCAUGAAUUUGGAGAUGACAUGGGAGAGAGCAGUGGUGCUUACAUCAUUCGUAUUCCAUUUGGUCCGAGAAAUAAAUAUAUUCCAAAAGAAGAACUCUGGCCUUACAUUCCUGAAUUUGUUGGUGGAGCGAUUGGCCACAUUAUACAGAUGUCCAAGGCUCUUGGGGAGCAAAUUGGCAGUGGGCAUGCUGUCUGGCCGGUUGCUAUUCACGGGCAUUAUGCGGAUGCAGGCGACUCUGCUGCUCUUCUGUCCGGUGCUUUGAAUGUACCGAUGAUUUUUACCGGCCACUCACUUGGUCGAGAUAAGUUGAACAACUUUUAA